AUGUACUUUACCCAGUCGGCAGACGGCCUCUGGUACAGGGUCGAGGAGGCGUGGUCGCUUUAUGGCCGCGUCGCCUCAAACGUCAACGACGAUGCAACGCUCACAGUUGCCUCCCAGUCGUACGCGGUCACGUCGCAGAUGCCGCUGGGAUGGGGCAACAAGACGGACCGCAGCUCGUUUUACAACACCCCGAUGAUCGUGUCUGCCAGUGUCAUACUGGGCAUCCUGAUCGUCUUUGGCAUCAUUAUUAUCACGUAUCAACGACGAAAGGAAGCGCGACGAAAGAAACGACACGCAGCACGUAUGCGGAGGAAGGCCCUCGCUGCUGCGGGCCUGACUGAAGACGGCCUCAAAGACGCAAGCUCGGUGCUCGAGGCCGAGUUCAAGCAGCGUCUUGACGAGCUCGAACUGGCGCACGCGGCUAAACGACGAGAAAAGCGCGCUCAGCAGAAUCAACCGUCCACGUUUGUGCGCACAAAGGUCCGCGUAUGGCGCAGUACCAUACGCCGCCGCAAGUCUCCACGCGCAUCUCACGACGACGACGAUCGCCGCCUCAAGGAGCACUGGUCACCCAACGGCGGGUACCGUUCUCCCCGGCGACCAGGCUCACCUGGUUCGCUUCUCACGCGCGACUCGGCCUCGUUCAUGACCGAGUCGUCGCGCGCGCCCAGCUUACGCCACUCGCUGUGCCGGGCAGGCCUGGGAAGCACAGAGCAGGGGACAGGUUCUGACACGCUAGCGGAGACGGCGCAUUCCGCCGAGUCGGGAAGGAUGUCUGGUGACGUAAACGACGAGACACUUUCGCCGUCGACGUCCGCCCAGCAGGAUCCAGGAGCAUCGUCAGCCUCGCUGCCGUCCCCCUCAGUUGCCCCAGGCCUCGGCGGGCACAUGCCACCAGCAUACCGCCCCGCUUCGGUUCGAAGUCUCGACGUGAAUUUCCCUAAUCCAGGGCCGUCCUCGUCGCGCGCGCCGAUACCGACCAUUGAUAGGUCCAACGUUCUCUCGCCCGAGAAAGCGUCGGCGGCUGGCUUCUACCCCGCGCCCGCGACUGCCGACGCCGAACAGGCACAGGAGGUUGCCCGUCGUGCCGACGCCAAGGCACCAAUCGUCAUCCCCCCUGAGGAGGAGGAGGAGCAGCGACGCGCGAUGCACGUCGCGACCGACGACAAGCGCGAGUUGGAGCGCAUGCGCCUUGGUGCGUCUGCGCCACCCGUUGCCCGCGUCCAGGACGAGGACGGAGCCGGUCCAUCUGCCCCGAACUUUGAAGUCGACGGCGAGGGCUUUGAGAUGCUCACCACGGCGUCGGGAGACGAGACGGACGCGCGGAGCGACACGGGCGCUUCGGGCACCACAUCUAUAUCUGGUUUCGGCUCAGCCUCGAGCCGCCUGACGGUACCUGGUCUGCCUGCUCCCCCUCGUGCGGCUGCGCUCCGCUCGUUGCGGACGUUGAUGGACGACGACACGCAGCGACAUUCUGGUCCUCCUUCUCCGAACCACCUACGUCCUUCGGCCCCUCCAUCGCCAGACCACUUUUCCCGGGAUCCUUCUCCUGCUCCCUCCGCACCGCCUCUCGAUCCCUCUGCGCCUUCAUUCUCUCCGUCUGCACCUCCGAUGUCGCUCAAGACCUCUGCGCCCUCGGCUCCACCGCUCGACGACUUUGACGAGCCCACAGAGGACGGAAGCGCAGCGGGCGUGUCAAGCGACACGCGCUCGGACGCAGAGGACGAUCCUGCACCCACACCCGAAGCGGAUGUGGACAUGGGCGACAUGGGCGUAAGCCUGAGUGUCCGCGGACACGGGUUCCUGCCGCGCUACGAGCCGUGA